AUGUCUUAUGGAUGGCUUACUGAAAGUACAAUUUUCGGGAAAAAAGAAAAAACAAUUCAGUUAGAGAAAGAUAAACUAUUUAAUGAAAAUAAGCAUAAUCCUAAAAAUGAAAAUAGUAUUGAUAAAUUAAAUGGGAUUGUUAAUUCUUAUCUUAAAAAUAUCAAGGAAAAUAAAAAAAAUCCGAUAAAUAAAAAAAAACUAAGUUACCAUGAAAAAAUAUACAGUGAAAAAAAUGAAGGUGUAGAAAAGAGAAAUAAACAGGAUAAAGAAAUUACGACUGCAAACAAAAAAAUAAAUAAAGAAAAGAAAUACGAAAAACUUCAAAAAAAAGGAAACAACGAUCCCAAGUAUUUAGUCAACUUUGAAUUAAAAAAAGAAAUGGAACUCGAAAUGGAAAAAAUUCGAAAAUUGAAAGAAAAACAAAAAAUAAAAAAUUGGGAAUUAUUUCAAAAUGAAAACCAAUAA